CUUCUUCCCUACAGAAUCUCACACAAAACACGAAAACUCUGCUGCCAAAGUUCUUCGGUCUCUUCUGCUAUAAGACCGCGUUGGGUAAAAACAUUCGAUUUGUAAUCAUGAAUAACAUCCUGCCGACUAAUCUCAGCAUGGACGAGAAGUUCGAUCUGAAGGGAUCAACGUAUAAACGACAGGCAUCACAAAAGGAAGAGCAGAAGAAGUCUCCCACACUCAAGGACUUGAACAUCAGGAAAACGUACAACGGAGGGAUAUACGUUGAACAGCGCGCGUACGAUGCCAUCCUGCGCACACUGAGAAGGGACUGCCGAGUCAUGCAGAGCUUUGGCAUUAUGGACUAUAGUUUAUUAUUAGGCGUGCAUCGCUUGACAGAGAAGUCGUUUCGAGAGCUGGGCGGCAAUAAGAAGGACAGCACCAAAGCCGGAACCGUGUACUCGUUUGCGUCGGUGAUGAGUGUGCUGUGUCUGACCGAAGACGACUAUCUGGCCAAGGACUCUGAUAUGUCGGAUUCAUUCAAUGGCGGAGUGCUUGGGUUCAUAAACAAUGACCAGCCGGUGCUGCUGUUUCUGGGAGUGAUUGAUAUCCUGCAGACGUACAGGAUACGAAAGAAACUGGAACACAUUGUCAAGGCCAGCUACGCCGAUGGGAAAACGAUAUCCGUGUGCGAGCCAAAGUUCUACGCUUCGCGGUUUCAGGACUUCUUGAAGAUGGAAGUGUUUACACCAAUCAGCGCGGACGUAGCCAGCGGUCUCUUGACCGGGGCAAGGCAGAAGUGGCGCCUCAUCCCAAAUAAGGCAAGCCCUGACGUCAUAGACGAGGCCGAAGGAGAGCACAGUCUGGGACAAACGUCCGACGGAGGGAGUACCGAACCUCUGCACGGACCAGCGGAACACAUAGACACCGCACGGAUCCACACCAGGCAUGUAGAGCGGGAUAGUACAGGCUUUCACCACGCCACCCCCAGGUCAGUAUCACCCGGGCAUAGGGCAAAAGCGGUCCACGCGGAUGUGGGAGAGGUGCAUAGGCCUACCCAUACGCAGGGUGGGAUGGUGCGAGAGGGCGAGAGGCCGGCAGAGAUAGCGGCACUCGCCACGGUGCCUUAGUAAUAGUAGUAAAACACAAUAAGCGGAGACAGGGUGUUGGGGAAGUACUGGAUAUCACGAUGACACUCGAGUAGAGUUAGUGUCUUCUGAGACAGCCUUAUAUAUUCAAAGUGUUUGUUGAGUGUUAUAUAUAGUACUACGAGAUGCUCUCGUGACAUGGGUGCACCGAAUUAAAUAGACACACGGGUAUAACUUGUGAGUCAUCCAAGCUGCAGUACCGUUUUACAGUGUCUGUUCUGUCUGUUCUGUCUGUUCAGUCUUGUGUGGUAUCUAUGCUAUGGCCUUUAUCGAGAGCUCAAUUCCUUACUUCUAACGUAA